AACUUAUUGCUAGUUCCGCAGUGCAGCUGAAAAGAACAGACCACAUAUGUUUAUGAACUGAACAGAACUGAACUGCAAAUAGACUUAAAUGCUGCGUCAUGAGUGUAUAAUGAUUGAAAAACAGGAUUAUAUAAUUUGAAUAUAUAUCGUGGCUUGUGUAUUAAAGUCCAAAGUUAACCGCAACAAUCUGUUACUGUGAAUAGUUAUAAGCAGUUCACUUCACAGUUUUCACGAUGUUGCAUACAAUUAAACAAGGUGUCCGUAAAUUUAGUACUAAUGUAACUAGUUUGAUAAACUGCAACCGAUUAGAAGGAAAAGUCGCAAUCGUGACAGCAUCAACAGAUGGCAUUGGUUUGUCCAUAGCAAGACGUUUAGCACAGGAAGGUGCUAAAGUAAUGAUUAGCAGUCGUAAGGAAUUGAAUGUAAAAAAUACAGUGGAAAAACUCCAAUCUGAAGGAUUAGAAGUUGCAGGUACCAUCUGCCAUGUAGGGAAAACAGAAGAUAGGAAAAAGUUAUUUGAGAAAACUGUAGCGGAUUUUGGAGGUUUAGAUAUUUUAGUAUCGAAUGCAGCUGUUAAUCCAUCAGUUGGAACAGUACUAGAUACUACAGAAGAGGUCUGGGACAAAAUUUUUGAUAUCAAUGUAAAAAGCACGUAUUUACUUAUGAAGGAAUCCUUGCCAUUACUUAAGCAAAGUAAAUCACCAUCUAUUAUUAUUAUAUCUUCAAUUGCAGGAUAUCAACCUUUUAAUUUGCUGGGUGUAUAUUCUAUCAGUAAAACUGCUUUACUUGCAUUAUGUAAAGCUACUGCAGAAGAACUUGCACCUGAUGGGAUUCGUGUGAAUUGCAUUGCGCCAGGAUUGAUAAAAACUAAAUUUUCACGGGCGAUGCAUGAAAUGGAAGAAGCACAUGAAGUUGCUAUAUCACAAAUUAGUAUGCGAAGAAUAGGGCAACCAGACGAAAUCGGAGGUACAGCUGCAUUUUUGGCGAGUGAUGAUGCAUCUUAUGUUACUGGUGAAGUCAUAGUUGUAUCUGGUGGAAUGAAAUCCAGACUUUAAACAUUUUUUUUAUAAUAUAAAAUUUAUAUAUUUAUAUUAUAUUGUCACUUCUUUGACAGUAACGCAUGUAUGUACUGUGAUAUAUAAUAAUUGUUAUCUU